AUGACUACUCACGGUGAUGCUCCCCUUCGCCCCUCGGCUGGCGGUUUGAAUCUCCCUACCCUCACUAGCAAUUUCACUCCAGCCUUGAAGCCUAAUCAUGUAGGUCUUUUGAAGACUUCGACUAACCCUAGCCAUGCGAACUCCAACAGAGACGAUGGAAAUUUGCUACGAAACCCUUCUCGGGGAAAAGAAGUGAUCGAUGGCUCUGUUCUUGACAAAGCGCCGACUGGAAGUUCAUAUGCGGAUGUUGCUACCAACCGCGUGCCGAAACGCCCGGAUUUGCCUGCUCAUCAUUAUCAUGCGCUACGACCCACAAAGGAGGGAGACCAGUUCUCCCUUAAAAUCCCAAAGAAAUUGAUUCGCAAAGAGAUAGCUCAAUUCUCUCAUGCUUUAACUGGACGAUUGCUGCUAAAGAAGGGAGAAAAACCCAAGACUGCCAUGAUGAUUAAAGACGAACUGCAAAAGUUAUGGGGCAUCAAUUCUUCUUGGAAAAUCAUUCCCUUGGGCAAGGGAUACUACACGCUACUCUUCGACAAUGCUGAGGAUAAACUCCGCGCUAAAGCUCAAGUUAUUUGGGAAGUCUCUGGUGGACACCUACGUCUUAGAGAAUGGGUUAAAAAUUUCGACCCUUUCAAAGAACACUCCUCCUUGGCGAACGUUUGGGUAAGGAUACACUAUUUGCCCAUUGAAUACUGGAAUGUUGAAGUGCUCACAGGCGUUGCUCGUUAUGUGGGACACCCAUUAAGGGUUGAUGGAACUUCAGCUAAAAGAGACUUUGGCCAAUUCGCCAGAAUUCUUAUCGAAAUAGAUAUGUCUAAACCUUUGCCUAAUACUCUUCUUGUUGAUGGAGAUGAUGUCGCUUUUCAUAUGCAAAACAACAGGACAUACUCUUGA